GAUGGAAAUCUCCAAAGAUGUCGGGCGAUUUCAAGAUUACUGCAUAUACAAAUACUGUCUGUUCUCUGCAUAUUCCCAUUUAUGUGAGGUUUGUCACAUGAGUAAAACAUAAAAUGUUAUUUCAAAAGUGUAUCGUUGUCAUAUGUAUUCAAGUAUUCAUAGUACAAAUAGUCCUGUCGCCAGUGUCCUAUGGUAAAUCAGCGCCCUCUAACGGGACAGAGGAGGAUGAAGGGCCCAGAAAUAGCAGUACCAAUCCGGGAAGGAAGAGUACAGUGGGGAAAGCACUAGCGGAUCUCAUCAAAGCUAUCUUUAGAUUGAUACGGGUUGAGAUCAAGUCCACCGAGGACCUUGUACCAGACUUCGAGGCCGACCCGAACCGUGACCCCAUGUCCCUCCCCUUUAUAACGAUCGAGAAUGUGAACGGGACUAUGGUAGCCACCUCCAGGGACGUCAAUAUCUACCACGCCAUUAAAGAGCAACAGCGACGCCACAAUAACAGCCAGGAGGCGCACUAUGUUUCCGAUCAGCAAGAUGGCGGCAUAUCUGUUGCGGGGGCUGAUCUCAGCAAGGAGGGGGUGGACUCGGGCGAGAACGAGCUAUAAAAAAAAUACUUCUACGAGAUAACAUGUAUAUUGUAAUCACUAAAUUGCCUAAGAGUUUCCACA